AUGGGGAGCCACGAGCUCCAGCCGUGCACAGUGGGCACGAGCAGCUCUCCCUCUCUCGCCGUGAUGAAGUCUACCGAGAACGAGCACGCGGUUUUUCGCGCGCGCGAGCCACCCUCGGACCCCUCGGACCCGGACAGCGGCAGCGAGAGCUCUUCGGAGAAGUGGACGGAGACGGAGGGCGCGAGCGGCCGCGCGCGCGCUCUCUCCGUCUCCGUCACCGAGCGCAGCAGCAGGUUCAGGCUGGUCGGUGUGAGCAAACAGCGGCAGGCGGCGAACGCGCGCGAGCGGGACCGCACUCACAGCGUCAACACAGCGUUCAGCGCCCUGCGCACGCUCAUCCCCACCGAGCCCGCCGACCGGAAGCUGUCCAAGAUCGAGACGCUGCGCCUGGCCUCCAGUUACAUCGCGCACCUCGCCAACGUCCUGCUGCUCGCCGAGAGCGGAGGAGACGGACCGCCGUGCACGCGACACCGAGAGGCCCUCGGGGGCGCGCUUAGACCCAUUUGCACCUUUUGCCUCGGAAAUCAGAGGAGAAUGAUGCGAGCCGGUGAGAAUCCAGCUGUGUGAGAAUCCAGCUGUGUGAGAAUCCUCUGCCUGCUCGAGCAGCUCCACGUUUACAUGUAAAGACUUUCUCUUCACCUCAUAUGGACAGAACUAAAAGCCUUUUUGUAUAUUUUCUUUCUAAAACUCUGAAAACGAGGACGAAGGAGGAAGAAAAUCACAUGAUGAGAUGCACUUUCCCCCCCUCCCUGCGUUUACAAACGUGUGUGUGUGUGUGUGUUUGCCCUUGUGUUUCUUGGUGAACGUAACCGGAGACGUAUGUGUAAAAGCAGCACCUGGCAGGAGGUUAUUUCAGAAGCCUGUACAAGCCUCUCCUUAAAAAACACCACCGUGUGUGUGUGUGUGUGUGUGUGUGUGUGUGUGUGUGUGGAUCCUUCAUAUGUCACAGGACAGUAACCCAAACCCGUGUGUGCUGCAGCGGUUGCUGUCAGUAGGCUAUGAUGAUUCAGGUUGCCAGAUUGGAUGGUUUUCCACCAAUCUGUGAAAAAAUGCAGGAUUUUAUACAGAAAUCAGUAAGAAGGCGACAGGUCAAAGGUUAAUUGCAGUGCAUUGUUCCAUUUUUACACUUUUAAGUUAUGUAAUAGCGGCCAACAUGAUGCAGUCUGGAGCGGAAACAAAUCAGAAAAGUCCUGAAAAUCCCGCUCUUCCGUUACGGCAAUGGGCAGCCUUGCUUGGACUUCCUCCUGGUUGAGCAGGAAGACAUCAUGGCAUCAUCCAGGCUUUUGUUGCCCCCAUCCCAACUUUUUUGAGAUGUGUCAUGGCCAGCAGAUUCAAAAUUACCUUGUUCUUUUUUCUCCUUAAAACAUUACAUUUCCUCAGUUUAAACAUUUGAUAUGUUUAUGUUCUGUUGUGAAGAACAUACGGGUUUAUGAGAUUUUGAAAAUCAGUGCAUUAUGUUUGACAUUUUACACAGCGUCCCAACUUUUUUUUUGGGAAUGGGGGGUUGUAUUUGUUUUAUUAAUCUAUUACAAAUUUAAUGACACCAUUAAAGCCAUGCUGUUAUCAGGAUUUUUUUUUCACUUUCACCUUAUUUUUUUUUACCUUGUUUACCCUAAAUGAGUUUUAGUUUUUAGCCCUACAUGAUCGAAAUGAAUAAACAUUUCUGAAUUUGAAUGACUCCUAACCCCUACAUGUUCACUUUCAUGCAUUGCAUAUUGUGGUCGCUUUACCAUGUAACCUGUAAUCACCUCAACCCCACCUUUCUUUUUUUUUUUUUUUUUUUGGCAGAUAAGUGUAAACCCAGAUCGGUACUAUAGUGACCCGUUUGCACAAUGUGUAUAGAAGUGUGUGUGGUUUUGGCCUACCU